AUUUUUGGAGACCAGCGUUGCGGUCCAGAACUCUCUCAUCAACCUCUAUGGAAAAUGCGCGAGCUUGAGCGAGGCCAGCUUACGGCCAACAUGGAAAUAGCUCGGAAGUCUUAAGCUUGUUCCGGAGGAUGGACUUGGAGGGCAUCGAGCUGAGCAAGGCGACUUAUGUCGCAGUUGUCAGUUCGUGCUGCAGUAAUGGAGGUGAUGCUGAGACGAGAAGAGAAAUUUUGUCACAGAUGCACACGCCAAAUGCGGGAGUUUGGAAGGGGCUCGCGCUAUCUUCGACUUCAUGCCUGAAAAGAAUGCGCGGACAUGGAAUUCGAUGAUCGGUGCUUGCAUCCAGCACGGACACAGCGACGAAGCCAUGCAAACGUUCUACGGGAUGCAGCUGGAAGGCAUCCACGUCACUGACGUGACAGUCAUCGUUGUUCUAGGAGCCUGCACAUCGGAUCAGCACCUCGACUUCGGCAAGAGGAUUCAGAAGAGAGUUUCUGAAGGAAACCAUGCUCAGCCAGCGACUGCUCUUCAGAACUCUCUCGUCAACAUGUACGCCAAGUGUGGGUGCCUUGAAGCCGCAAAGAAGAGCUUUGACGAGAUGGAACAGGAUACGCGAAGUGUGGUCUCCUGGAACGCAAUGAUCUCGGCCUACAUUCAAAACUCGCGGGAUGUAGAGGCCUUGGAAUUGUACAAGCAAAUGUGCCAGGCAGCAGAGCCAGAUUCCUUCACAUUCUCAAGCGUCCUCACCGCCUGCUCCAACUUGAAUGCUCUAGAGGAGGGGAAGUUGGUCCACCAUCAGGUUGAAGCCACUGGAAUGGAACUGGAUGGUGUGCUCGGGAGUGCACUCAUCACCAUGUAUGGCAAGUGCGAAGACUCCGGCAGUGCUCGCCUGGUUUUUGAGAAACUGGUGGAAGAGCAGAGGACGAGCAUGGACGUCGUGUGCUGGAACGCGAUGAUCUCGGCUUACUCCCAGUGCGGCUGCAGCAGCGAAGCCUUCGAGCUCUUCUACAAGAUGGACCUGGAAGGCAUCAAACAAGUCAGUGCGAGCUUCGUCAGCAUUCUCGCAGCGUGCAACAGUUUCGACAAAGGGAUGGCACUCGAGUUACGGCUGGCUAGUGCGGGACUGGAUACGAGCCAGGAGAUUGGAGCCGCACUGAUCAACAUGCACAGCAGGUGUGGAAACUUGGACCGAGCGAGACGCGUGUUCGACAGCAUGGUGCGCAUCAACGACGUAAGAGCAUUGCGGAAUCCAAUCUGCUGGACGGCCAUGCUUGCGGCCUACUCCCACCAUGGCUGCGCUCGCCAGAGCCUGGAGCUCCUCUUCCUCAUGAGCCUCGAAGGCGUCCAGCCCAACGAGAUCAACUUCACCAGCAUUCUCAACGCGUGUAGCCAUGCAGGCCUCAGCAGCCAGGCGUGGACGAGCUUUCUAGACAUGCACACCAAGUAUGGCGUAGCUCCCGCUGCUCAGCACCUGGUUUGCUUGAGCGACAUGCUGGGGAGAGCCGGGAUGCUGGGUGAAGCGGAGGCGUUCAUCGGGACCUCGACUUACGAUGACACUAGUACCGAGGCCGAGUUCGCUGCUGUGGCAUGGAAGUCACUGCUCAACGCUUGCAAACUCCAGGGGAAUGCCGGAGCUGGAGCUCGUGUAGCGGAGAAGCUGGCCGAGCUGGAGCCCGAGGUGUCGGCUCCUUACAUCCUCCUGGCCGGUAUCUACGCAGCUCAGACGUGACGAUGGAAAGAAAAGUUGU